GCUCGGCGGCUGCUACCGCUGGCGACCGCACGGGAGAAAGAUGGGGACCGCAAUCCGGGCUUCGCAAAGGACCAUCGUGGAGGCGAGAGCGGGGCAGAGACUCGGCGUGUGACUUGGAGCGCAUCAGGGGAUGAUGAACGAGGGGAUGGGAGAUAGCUAACGGGGCUCUCUCUCUGCGUCCGGUCCGCGGAGGCGCACGUCGUGGGGCCCGAGAGGCUCGGUCGACAGCGGCAGCACCGAGCUAGUCUCGGGCCAUGAGAAGCGCGCAGACCGCCCGGCCCCGGGCUGCCGUCGUGGCUGGCUGCGUCCUGCCGAGCUGAGAGCGUGGGGCGAAGAGGGGUGCGGGCGGCCGGGCUGCGCCCGAGCGCACCGCCAUGGCAAGGGAGGAGUGCAAGGCGUUGCUGGACGCUCUCAACAAGACGACCGCAUGCUACCACCACUUGGUGCUGACCGUCGGCGGCUCGGCGGACUCGCAAAACCUGCGCGAGGAGCUGCAGAAGACGCGCCACAAGGCACAGAAGCUGGCGGUGGCCAUCCGCGCCCCGCUGACAGCCGCACUUCGCGACCGGGGCCUGGCGGCCGAGGAGCGCGCGGAGUUCGAGCGCCUCUGGGUGUCCUUCUCCGGCUGCCUGGACCUGCUGGAAGCCGACAUGCGGCGUGCGCUGGCUCUCGGCACCGCGUUCCCGCUGCACACUCCGCGGCGGCCGCUCGUGCGCACCGGCGUCGCGGGCGGCUCCGCGGGAGUAGCGGCGCGCGCCCUGAGCGCCCGCAGCCUGCGGCACGAGGCGGAGCGCGACUUCGAUGUGGACGACCUGCGCGAGCUGGAGCAGGAGAUCCUUCAGGUGAGCGAGAUGAUCCACGACAUGGAGAUGAAGGUCAACGUGCCCCGUUGGACCGUGCAGGCCCGCCAAACGGCGGGCGCCGAGCUCCUGUCCAGCGCCAGCGCCGGCGCCUCCUCGGUGGGCGGCGUGUCUGUACAGGAGCGCAGCGGGCCUUGCGACGUGAGCAAGGCCCUAGCCGCCACCGUUUUCAGCGCUGUACUGCUGGCAGCCGUGGCCCUGGCCGUCUGCGUGGCGAAGCUGAGCUGACCGACACAAGACUGUACCCACCGCUACCGCUCCCUCCCGGGAGACAACCCUCGGGAACGACCGCCACUGCCUGCACUCUGGAUGGGAGUGGAAUCUGGCAUGUUUAAGGGAAGGGGUUCUAAACGUGUGUGUGUGUGUGUGUGUGUGUGUGUGUGUGUACACCUCUGCCUUGGCGGAAACAUGAUUUCCUUGUGCUGGCCCGGGAGGAGUUAAUUUUACGCGGGCGCCAGGGCAUUACCGCUAAUGUAUGCAGCAGCUUUAUCCCCUAUUAAUAGAAAACCAUCCACAAUUACCCCAGAUUCCAAGUUAAUGGGUUACCGCGUGUGCAGCUGGGGCACGUUUACACUGAGUCGGAGUCCGGUGCCCCCACCCCUACCAGCGAUUCCCACUGUCCGUGUGGGGCGGUUUGAAGGGGGGGGGAGAUGAGAUGAAAUGAAGUGGGGGGGGUGUUGUUUUGCUCCUCUGUGUGGGUGGCAAUUUUGUUUCCUGGACAAGACUAUAAGACGAUGUAAGCAGGUUUUAUUACCUUAAUCCUUUGGGGCCUAAGCUUAGGAGAGUGCGCAAAGAGACGUUCGUGCAAAGUGCUUUCUCUAUGGCGCACAAUUGCGCUUCUUGGUAGAGUUUAUCCAUCAGUUACCAAAGGCAGCCAGAAGAGGUUUGGGGUCGAGACCUCCCCCGCAAGUUCUGACCCUGCUUAGGAAGCCAGAGAAAGCACGUCGAACCUGCCCUCACGUGCUCAGAUCCAUUGCACACACUUGCCUAUGAAAAGGGCUCCCCCCCCCCCCCCGUCAGCCUGGAAGAGGUACAAACCUGGGAAAGGGACGUAUGCUCUUAAAAGAGGCACUUUCUCCUUUGUCAGGGUUUAUUUUUGUUCCAGAACUAGACCAGAGUGUUGGAUCCUCCUGUGGGGGAGGGCUGCAGAAUCCUCUUUGAAGCUGCUAAUCCUAUCUAUCCCUUGGUAUUUGCGUGCUAGCCGCGAGGAGAGCUGGCUCUGGAGGAAGGGGCGCGGCUCCCCGACCCUCACACUGACCUCUGAGAGGGUAAACCUCACUGUCGCUUGUCAGUUUGAGCCAGUUAGCCAGGAGACUGGGUUAGAAUGCAAACGCUUCGACCCAGAAUUUCAGCAGCUUUUUAAAAACAAUAACCAUUUGAAAGAAAAACCAUGUAACAGCAUUCUGUCCCAUCAAAGCUGGGGUUUUUUGUAAAACACAUUUGGCCGCAAAUCAAUACGUGCCAGUGAGUCAAACAUAGUGAGUGGUCUUUACUUAUAUACUUAAGUUGGGAAAUCUACAUCUAUUAUUAAAAUAGACCUUCUUGAAGGCAUGAGGUUAUAGCAUAAACUACCAGAACCACAGUGUGGAUAACAGAAGUUGAGUGGGCCCUGCUUCUUUCGCUCAAUAGACAAGGAAGGUGGAAAACCUGGGCACCCAGACUGGAGUUUACCUGAGCAGCGCCUCUGAGCACCACCUCUGCCUGUGGUGCAGAGAGAGCAUCACUGGGGGAAUACGGCUGAGAAAACACAUGCAUUUAAGUCUCCAAAGAUAAUUUGGAAUAAAACCCAAGACUUUGGUUUGGCUGAAAACUUACAAGGAUUUUUUUUUUUUUACCCUAAAAGUGGGAAAAGGGACCAGAGGGAAUCGAUGGUUUCACAAGGACAGGCAGGAGGGCCAAGGAGUAGCGAGCAGCAGAUACCAGUAGUGAAUCCUUGGCAGUCCUAGGGGCUACCCUUCCAGCCCAACUUCCUCGCACCCUUCCCGAGCACGCAGAUUCCAGGACUUCAUGGUCAAAGUAUGGGAUCUGUUUGUGUGUGUGUAUGUGUGUGUGUGUGACGAUGGUGUUAAAACAGCCACAAGGUCUUAAGCCGAUUAAAAGUUUUAUGACCUUAACUAAUAAAAGGAACACCUUCUGCCUCAUCUGAA